AUGAUUAGUGAAGAUAAGGCAUACGUGGACUUGACUAAAGCAUUUGUCAAGGUUCCUCAUGGUAGGCUGGUCCAGAAGAUCAAUUUGCAUGAGUUGCAUAAUUCACUUAUCUGCAACCUCCUCACAAAUUCAGAGAGCAUGGUUUUCCGACAACUGCUGGUCCUAAUGCUGUCGAUCAGCUUUCCGAGAAGCGCAGUGGGUACGAAGAUGAAUAUCACUGUCUUCCAGUUCCCUCCCUUUAUAACUGUAACAGAGGGGGAGUCUGUCACACUGAACUGUGUUUUAGACUUUGAAGGAACUUCAUCUCCAGUUGGUGCAGCUUACUGGACGCGGGGUAAAUCGGAUGAGUACAAAUUGGAUGAUAGUCCCUUUUACACAGCUCGGCUGCAGAAAUCGGGCAGUGAUUCAUUUGCUAAGAAAAGGAUCUUCAUUAAUAUCUCCGACUUGAUUGAGAAAGACUCGGACACCUAUUACUGUAAUAUAAACUUCUUUGGAGCAGGGAAAAGACAUGGAAAUGGAACCAAACUGGAAGUGAAACGCAAGGAGUUGGAGAAAAAUAGCGGGAACACCAACUUAUUCCUAGGACUGGGAGGUGCAGUGACCUUACUGGUUAUAGCUAUAAUGUUUCUUACGUUUGGACUUAUCCACCAAAACAAAGUAAUCUUGAGGCUGAAAAGAGAUAACAGUGCAACCAAUACAACGUAUGCAGUUCCCAACCUAGAGCAAACAGCACAAGUACAUUCUAAUCAUGGCAGCGAUCAUAAAACUUCCAUCCAUUAUGCCAAAGUAAACAUUAAAAGAGAGAAAGAGAGGAGGACCAUGGAAUGUGAGCCAAAUUAUACCGAGUAUGCAACCAUCCAUUGAAGCUCUGUGAAUAACCUGAACAGGCUCAUCGUACCACUUCCAAAUAAGACCACCAUUGUUCUAUGCAAAAGU